GUUUUACCCGACCCGACCCGACCCGACCCAACCCGGAUCGAGCUUAUCCGUACUAGUAUCUCGACACAAGUCCUGGUCAUCAAUUCCUCGAUUCUUCUACUAACUUCGUGUUCUCCACGCGCUUCAAUGGCGACGGUAUCUCCUCCUCCGACGAUGAAUCUCUGGGUCGUUCUAUCGGAAUCGAAACGGAUAAUCAACGCACACUCGCGCCACUUCCUUGCUCUCUCCGUUCUCUUCCUCCUUCCCCUCUGCUUCUCCGUCACCGUCUACCCCUCCGUCUUCCGCCUCAUCACCGAUCAAUCCUCCGCUUCUCACAACAGCGUCUCUCUCCUCCGCGGCGGCGAUCAACCACCACCCGCCGAUAUUGAUAUCGAGACGGUGGUCCUGCUUCUGAUUGCUUACAUCGUUGUGGUCACCGUCUUCAAUCUCUUGGCUAUUGGAUCAAUCGCGUAUAGCGUGUUCCAAGGAUUCUACGGAAGACCCGUAAAACUGAUAUCCGCCGUGAAAUCGAGCUUCACCUCGUUUUUCCCUCUUCUCGCUACUCUGAUUUCAUCCAAUUCCAUCGUUUUUGGGAUUCUGCUGAUUCUAGGGUUUGGGGCGUUCUUGUCGACUCGAUUAAUCGAGCUCAUCUUUCCAAGUCUCGAAUUCGAUUUCGCUUCUCCUUACUUCCAAGCUCUCUCCGCCGUAGUGACGAUCAUCUCGGUUGUAAUCGUGAUCAAGCUCUAUGUCAAGUGGAUCUUAGCUUGGGUCGUCGUUGUUGUUGAAUCAGUUUGGGGGUUAACGCCAUUGAAGAGGAGCAAAAGCUUGGUCAAAGGAAUGGAAAGCGUUUCUCUGUCUCUGAUCGUCUUCUUCGCCAUAACCCAAUCGUCUCUCGUCUGGUUCAGCACCGUCGCUGCUUCGGCUCAGAUCGACGACGAUAGUGGAGACGGAGAAACUGGGAAACUGUGGACAAAUGCUUUCUUUAUGCUCCAGAUCGUGAUCACUUCUGCGUUCUUAACGCUUCUGACGCUUUAUAACCUUGCGGCGACCACCGUUAUGUAUAUGUACUGCAAAGCUGUUCACGGCGAGCUUGCUUGGGAGAUAGCAGAAGAGUUUGCAAGAGAAUACGUGAGUCUGCCCUUUGAUGAUGGUAAAGUUCCUCACUUGGUCUCUGUAGCUUACAACAACAUCUGAUGACUCAAUGAUGAUGAUGAUGAUGAUGAUAAUGAGAAAAAUUUGGGCUUUUUGUAUGAUAAAGCAAGUUUGUACAUUAAUUUUCUUUAGUAUUUGACAGAAUCGGACAGGUCUUUUAUGUUUGUUCAUGAGAAUUCAAAGCUUUUGUAAUGUGUAUGAAUGAUCUGAAUUUGUGGCUAUUGAAUGUUUUUCAUUAUGUG